CCUGGCACGCGCAAGAAUGUGCAUUAGAAGAUCGUCUUAACUCUUGCUAGCAUCCUUUGCCGGCGCUGAGGUCAGCUAGCUGCUGUCAGCACCAAGGUCAGAGGGAACCCUGCUACUGAGAGUCACCCGUUCCUGCCCCCCGACUACCAGGGAGAGCUUGAGGCAGUUGAGGUCAAGGACGUGAUCUUGAGCUAAGAGGAUAGUUCGGUGGUGAAGGACAUGGGUCAUCUCUUACGCGUGGCGGUGCUGGCCACCUGCCUCUCCCUCGUCAUGGCUGCCGUAUCGGUUAUGCGUGCUCAAGACCCAAACAACCCGGACCACUGCUUGGUGAGCGUGCCAUUUGGCACCAAGUGGCAGGCACCAGGCUGCGCCACAGCCACCUGCCAUGGCCCACCAGGGGACGCCACAGUCAGUUAUUACUCGUGUGGGUCGAUUGGUGUGGCGCCUCCGUGUUAUCUCACAGAGAUUGACGACUCCAAACCUCACCCCGAGUGCUGUCCGCAUGCUGUCUGCCCUAAAUAUUUGCAAGAUAAACGUGGUUAAUUGUGACUAUGAUGAGCUGGGUGAUGAAGACGAGGAUGAUGAUGAUGAUGAUGAUGAUGAGGAUUUGGUGUUUAAUUCUAAAUGUCCUUUAUUUGAGAUUGUUUGAAAUCAUUUAUAAGAUGAUAAACACAUUAAUUGUACCGUUCCUAUUUUUUUUCCAAAUGUUUUCCAAGACUGUAUCAGUAAAACAUAAAUAAAUGAGGAGAUUUAA